AGUGCCGAGGCAGAAAGAAAAAAAGUCAGGAGAGGAGUUGAGAUCAGACACAAACAGAACAGCGUCCUGAUCUUCACCCGCAAAACUUUUUCUUGCAGCCGAUGCUACACAACUUUACAAAAAUCCGGAUCAAGUCUUGAAGUUGACAGGAUGACUUUCUGCUGGUGGGUCGCGCUCCUGCUGCCUCUGCUGAUAUCGGGGCAGAACCACUGGGACGAGGGAAUAGCAGUCCCGAGGCGUGCUUCCUGUGAGCCGCUCACCAUCCCCCUGUGCAUGGACAUGCCCUACACACACACCAUCAUGCCCAACUUACUGGGCCACAACAACCAGGAGGAAGCAGGACUGGAGGUGGGCAUGUUCGACCCUCUUUUAAAGACCAAGUGCUCGCGGGAGUUGAAGUUCUUCUUGUGCUUCCUGUACGCGCCCGUGUGCACCGUGCUGGAGGAAGCCAUCCCCCCCUGCAGGUCCAUCUGCGAGCGAGUCCAGAAGGGCUGCGAGAAGCGCCUGAACCAGUUCGGCUUCCAGUGGCCGGACCGGCUGCGCUGCGAGAACUUCCCCGUGCUGGGAGUCGGACAGAUCUGUGUGGGCCAGAACGACUCCACCGCCGCCUUCGCCCCCCCUGCCCCUCCUGCCACCACCGUCCCCCCUGCCACCACUUGCCCCCCCUGCCACCGCCGUCGCCCCUGUCGUGGACGUGCCAGGGACCCAGGACUAACGGGAACAUCACAAGCUCAGACCUUAUCUGGAGGUGUCCCCCUCCUCAUACCCGGUCAGCCGCGACCUGAGACGCAGAACCACGGGGACAACGGAAUAGUCCUCCCGGAUCAUGGCUUCUGUCAACCGAUCACCAUCCCCCUGUGCACGGACAUCGCCUACAACCAAACCAUCAUGCCCAACCUAGUGGGCCACUACAACCAGGAGGACGCAGGGCUGGAGGUGCACCAGUUUUACCCUCUGGUGAAGGUACAGUGCUCGCCGGAGUUGAAGUUCUUCCUGUGCUCCAUGUACGCGCCCGUGUGCACCGUGCUGGAGAAAGCCAUCCCCCCCUGCAGGUCCAUCUGCGAGCGGGCCAAGCAGGGCUGCGAGGCGCUCAUGAACAAGUUCGGCUUCCAGUGGCCGGACCGGCUGCGCUGCGAGAACUUCCCCGUGUUGGGAGACGGACAGAUCUGCGUGGGCCAGAACGACUCCACCGCCGCCACCGUCCCACCCGUCCUGGUCGUGCCGGGGACCCAGGACAUCUCGGUGGUCUCCACACAGCCCAGGUCCUUCAGGUGCCCUUCCAUCCUCCGAGUGCCCCCCUAUCUGAACUACAAGUUUCUGGAGGUGAACGACUGCGCAGCGCCCUGUGAGCCGUCCAGGAGCAGUGGUCACAUGUUUUUCACGGACCAAGAGAUUCAUUUCGCCCGCAUCUGGAUCCUGAUCUGGUCUGUCAUUUGUUGUGCAUCUACUUUAUUCACCGUAACCACCUAUUUAGUUGACAUGCAGCGCUUCAGAUACCCUGAGCGGCCUAUCAUCUUCCUGUCUGGCUGCUACACCAUGGUCUCCAUAGCCUACAUCGCUGGCUACUUCCUGGGGGACAAGGUGGUGUGCAAUGAGAGAUUCACCCCUGAGAGCUAUAAGACCAUCGUCCAAGGCACCAAGAAGGAAGGCUGCACCAUCCUCUUCAUGAUGCUCUACUUCUUCAGCAUGGCCAGCUCCAUCUGGUGGGUCAUCCUGUCCCUCACCUGGUUCCUGGCAGCAGGUAUGAAGUGGGGCCACGAGGCCAUCGAGGCCAACUCCCAGUACUUCCACCUGGCAGCCUGGGCGGUGCCGGCCGUCAAGACCAUCAGCGUCCUGGCCAUCGGGCAGAUCGAAGGCGACAUGCUCAGCGGCGUCUGCUUCGUCAGCCUCAGCAACCUGGACCCCAUGCGCGGCUUCGUGUUGGCCCCCCUCUUCAUUUACCUCUUCAUCGGGACCUCCUUCCUGCUGGCCGGCUUCGUGUCGCUGUUCCGGAUCCGCACCAUCAUGAAACACGACGGCACCAAGACGGAGAAGCUGGAGCGGCUGAUGGUGCGCAUCGGGGUGUUCAGCGUGCUCUACACCGUGCCCGCCACCAUCGUUAUCGCCUGCUUCUUCUACGAGCAGGCCUUCCGCCCGCACUGGGAGCGCAGCUGGGUCAGCCACAACUGCCGGGGUCUGGCCAUCCAGUGCCCAGCGCAGACCGGGCCGCGCAUGACCCCGGACUUCACCGUCUACAUGAUCAAGUACCUGAUGACGCUGAUUGUAGGGAUCACCUCCGGGUUCUGGAUCUGGUCGGGAAAGACUCUGCAGUCCUGGCACAAGUUCUACACAAGACUGACAAAUGGCAACCAGGGAGAGACCACUGUGUAGAGUGUCUGUAUUCCCCGGGACUAACUUGUGUAUUAUUGACCUGUUUCUUUGUGUGAUAGGUAAGUUUCACAACGAGUCGCCUUAAGCUCCUCCAGCAUUUUGUAUUCCCCUCAGCCUGAUAGCCACACUUGCAUGCCAAACUGAGGGUUAUGGUUUGACAAAAGGACAAGCUGGAUAAACAAACGCCUGAACCUAACUGUCUGAACAAAUAACAAGCAUCGCUAUGGAUGCCAUGUGCUGAAAUGCUCACCUCCCCCCCUCUGGCCCUUUUUUUCUCCAAGCCUCCAUAAAGUCGAGGGGAGUGAUGAUCCACCAGCCAAGAAUUCAGAAAGGAGGGAAAUGAGCUGUGGAGGAGGAAUGACUGUUUAUUAUCUCCGCCGAAAACCAUUUCACGUGUAAUUAAAACCGAGACUGUAAAUAGUAUUUGUAAAAACAUGAAAUUAUAUAUUUGUAUUUAAAGAAAGUUUUUGUCCUUAUUUGCUAGUGUACCUGCAUUACUUUUGCACUGUAAGAAUAUGCCACAUACCAAAGAACAUCCUUUUUUUUUUUUUAUU